AUGUCUGACGCUGGAGUCGCCGUCGACGACGCCACUGCGGCUCGCGCCAAGCAGCUCGCUGAGGACAUCCAGAAGGCGAAGGAUGCCGGCUGGACGAACCCCAUCCCCUUCAACUACGAGACCGUUGCCGGUGGCCAACCAGAUGUCAGGGACGAGGGUCGCGACAGCGCCAAUUGGCUCUCCGAUGCCGUCGUCUACGAGUGGGAUGACGACUUCGGUGAAGUCGGUCCGCCCAACCCCGAGCUCGAGAAGGUCCUCUACGAGAAUCCCGACAUGAUGCGCGCAGGCGGUGCUAUCCAAGCCCUGUCUUUUCAAGUCAUUGUCAACGCCAAGGAGGAGGUGCACCCCGUCCGUGAAUUCAACGAGGCCGGCCUUCACCCAGUUAUGCUCGAGAAUGUGGAGAAGUGCAGGUACUACAAGCCGACUCCUAUCCAGGCUUACUGCAUCCCAUCUGUCUUGACUGGACAUGAUGUUGUUGCUAUCGCGCAGACUGGCUCGGGCAAGACGGCCGCCUUCCUCAUUCCCAUUCUCUCCAAGCUCAUGGGCAAGGCUCGCCAGCUUGCGGCGCCGCGACCAAAUCCUGCCAAGUACAACGUCAACACCGAUCGCGUCCGUGCUGAGCCGCUCGUCCUGGUGGUGUGCCCGACCCGCGAGCUGGCUUGCCAGAUCUUUGAUGAGGCCCGUCGUCUCUGCUAUCGCACCAUGCUCCGUCCCUGCGUCAUCUACGGUGGCGCUCCUUCUAGGAACCAGCGUGAGCAACUCGAGAUGGGUUGUGACAUCCUCAUCGCCACUCCCGGCCGUCUCAUGGACUUCAUGCAGGAUGUGAAUCGCCUCUCGCUUGCUCGUCUCAAGUUUACCGUCAUUGACGAGGCUGAUGAGCUGCUGUCGAGUGGUUGGGAGGAGGCAAUGGAGAAGAUCUUCCAGGGCUCUGGUAUCUUCGUAGACAACAAUGCCGACGCCGACCACACAUAUCUCAUGUUCUCUGCCACCUUCUCCAAGGCCACUCGUAGGCUGGCCCGCGACUACAUGGAUGAGGACUUUGUGCGCAUCAAGGUCGGUCGUGUUGGAAGCACGCAUCAGAACAUCAAGCAGCAGGUUGUCUACGUCGAGGACAGCCAGAAGAACCAAGCGUUGUUUGACCUGAUCUUCUCGGAAGGUCCGCAGCGUACGCUUGUCUUCGUCAACUCCAAGGUCAAGUGCGAUAUGGUCGACGACUUCUUGUACAACAAAGGCCUUCCUUCUACGUCUAUCCACUCGGACCGCACCCAGCGUGAGCGUGAGGAUGCCUUACGUGCCUUCCGUACAGCUUCGUGCCCUAUCCUAGUGGCUACCGGCGUGACUGCUCGUGGUCUUGAUGUUGCGAACAUCAAGCAUGUCAUCAACUACGACCUUCCAUCUACCCAGCAUGAUGGCAUCACGGAGUACGUCCACCGCAUUGGCCGCACCGCCCGCAUCGGCAAUGAGGGCAAAGCAACUUCGUUUUACAACGACCGGAAUGAGGACAUCGCCGAGGAUCUCGUCAAGCUCCUCCUCGAGAACAAGCAGGAGAUUCCCGAAUUUCUUCAGGAUAAGGUGCCUGCCGAGCCAGACAAGAUCGAGUGGCACGAUAACACCGACGAUGAAUCUGAGGCUGGGGACUUUGGCGCUGACGCUGGUUUCGGUGGAGGCUUCGGCGAUGCUGGUACUGACGCUGGAUUCGGUGGCGGCUUCGGCGGUGACGCAGGAGGCUUCGGAGAUUCUGGGGGCUUUGCUGCCGAAGGCGAGAACAAGGUUGCCUCUUGGUAA